UCCCUCCUUCGCUUUCUCUCCUCCAGUGGAUAAAAUUAGCUCUUUUGCCCCGGCGAUCGAGAAACCCUAGUUUUGCGGGUUGGAGAGGAGGAGAUCUUGAUCCAUUUGAGGGUUCAUUGAUGGAAUCCCGGUCUCGAUCUCUUCUCCCGAGCCGAAUGAAGCCUUCCUUGGAUAAUUGCGUGAUCAUCUGGUGGUUUUGAUUGCAUUGUGAUGAUUAUGUAAUUUUGGAAGGAGGAAUGGAUAAUGCUGAGGUUGAGGAGAAUCUGUUCGCUGCUGGCGAUGCAAAGUUGCAUGCGGAGAUGUGUGGAAAACUUUCUGAGUUUGUUUCAAGAGUUUUGGAGAUUUUUCCAGUUUUGGAAGCAGCUAGACCACGAAGCAAGUCUGGUAUCCAAGCAUUGUGUUCAUUGCAUGUGGCUCUUGACAAGUCUAAGAACCUCCUCAGGCACUGUUCUGACUGCAGCAAACUAUAUUUGGCUAUAACUGGAGACUCCAUCCUUCUGAAAUUUGAGAAGGCAAGACUUGCCCUUGUGGAGAGUCUUAAGCGUGUUGAAGACAUAGUCCCGCAAGCUAUUGGCUGCCAGAUUAUGAAUAUUGUUCUUGAGCUGGAAGGGACAGUUCUUACAUUGGAUGAGUCAGAGAAGCAGGUUGGAGAUGAAAUCGUCACCUUGCUUCAGAAAGAGAGAAGAUUUUCGAGUGACUCUAAUGAUCAUAAUGAACUCGAAGUCUUCCACAGAGCUGCUUUAAGACUGGGAAUUAAUUCAUCCAGGGCAGCCCUUACAGAGAGAAGAGCUCUCAAGAAAUUGAUUGAAAAAUCUCGUGCUGAGGAAGAUAAGAGAAAAGAAUCAAUUGUGGAGUACUUGCUAUAUCUCAUGAGAAAAUAUACAAAGCUUUUCAGAAGUGAGGUAGCUGAUGACACUGAUUCACAAGGGUCAGGCCCUUGUUCUCCCACUGUACAGGGCACACUCGAAGGUGUUUCCAGCCAUGCAUGCAAAGGUGGCCAAAUCUUUGAGAGACAACUUUCAAGAUUAGGUUCUUUCAAUUUCAAGCCAAUUGGUCUGAAAUCAGGGAAUGCACCAAUCCCCCCUGAGGAGUUGAGAUGCCCAAUAUCCCUGCAGCUUAUGUAUGAUCCAGUUAUCAUUUCAUCAGGGCAGACUUACGAACGUGCCUGCAUUGAGAAGUGGUUUGAUGAUGGACAUAGCACAUGCCCUAAAACCCAGCAGCAACUUCCACAUCUGUCUAUAACCCCAAAUUAUUGUGUCAAAGGUCUGAUUGCCAGUUGGUGCGAACAAAAUGGGGUCCCUACACCAGACGGUCCACCAGAAUCUCUUGAUCUCAACUAUUGGAGGCUCGCUUUGUCAGAUCGUGAUCCCACAGAUUCAAGAUCCACAGUGAGUACUGAUUCUUGCAAUCUGAAGAGUGUUAAGGUAGUACCUUCAGAGGAUAGUGGUGUUAUGGAUGAAUUCAAAGCUGAUGAAAUGAGCACAAUAGAAGACAGCUCUGCCCAGGACAGUCAAGUAGAUGAGUUUGAAAAAUACGAGAAUUUACUAGCUGUGCUGUACAAUGACAAAUGUAGAGCAAAACAGUGUGAAGUCGUGGAGCAACUUAGGUUCCUGCUCAAGGACGAUGAGGAAGCUAGGAUCUACAUGGGUGCAAAUGGCUUUGUAGAAGCACUGGUCCAAUUCUUAACCUCAUCCAUCAAUGAAGGAGAUACCAAAGCACAAGCAAUCGGUGCAAUGGCUCUUUUCAACCUCGCUGUCAAUAACAACAGGAACAAAGAGUCAAUGCUAUCCUCCGGGAUUAUACCUCUACUAGAAGAGAUGAUCAGAAGCACCGGGACGUAUGAACCAGCAACUGCCCUCUACCUCAACCUCUCCUGCCUAGAUAAGGCCAAGCCGAUCAUAAGCUCAAGCCCAGCCACCCCAUUCUUAGUCCAACUCCUCCAAUCUGACAGUUCCAAAUCCAGCAACAUCUGCAAGCAUGAUGCCCUCUACACUCUCUACAACCUCUCCACUCACCCUGCAAACAUCCCUUCCCUUCUAAACUCCAACAUCAUCAAUGGCCUCCAUUCCCUCCUCACUGAAACCUCCUCACCAUGCUCAUGGGCUGAGAAAUCUCUAGCUGUUCUCAUAAACCUCACAUCAAACACCUCAGCAAAGAAACACAUAAUAACAACGCCAGGACUAAUUGGAGGCAUUGCAGCAGUUUUAGACACUGGUGAACCAACAGAACAAGAACAAGCAGUAUCAUGCCUAUUAAAUCUUUGUGAAGAUGAUGACAAGUGCUGCCAUAUGGUUCUACAGGAAGGAGUUAUACCAUCCUUAGUAUCUAUGUCAGCCAAUGGGAGUACAAGAGGAAAGGAAAAGGCUCAGAACUUACUGAAACUAUUCAGGGAACAGAGACAACGUGAAUCAUCACCGGUCAGGUGUCAGGAACUGACGGUGGAGACACAUGGAACAUAUGAUGAUAAUGUUGGAGUUACAAAUGAUCUAAAACCAUUGCCCAAGUCCAGAUCAAAGAGGCUUGGGAGGGCUUUGACUUCUAUGUGGAAGACAAAGAAUCCUCAGAGUUCUGGGUCUAGGACGCCAAGAUAGAGUGUGUAAAUUGGU